UAUUAGGUUUAAGCUUCAUUUGAUCCUUAAGGAUGAUACUGGCACAACCAAGUUCAUGCUGCUUGAUACCAUUGCAAAUAUGAUUGUAAUGGAAAAGGCAUCGAAGAUUGUUAAUGCUUCUAUGGAAGAGAUUGAUGAUCCAGAGUUGUUGCCUCAGCCAGUUAAGGACAUUGUUGGAAAGACAUUCAAAUUUGGUGUUUCUAUUGAAAAAGAAAACGUUUCUUAUGGAGGAGAUACCUACAAGGUCUUAAAGGUUUGGUCUAUGAUUAAUUUGUUAAUGGCAAGUUCUCAAUCAGAAAACGUUUCUGCUUUGGAGUCUACUUUCACAAGUGGUGGUGUGGGAUCUUACUUGGAUGAUGCUGAAGAGAGCUCGGGAGUAUUGAAAACACAUACAUCAAAGCGUACUAAAGAAAGGUUAAAAACCCGUAAGCUAAAACCAUAAAAAAAUGAGUUAAGAGCAGAGAAACAAAAAAAAAACUUAUCUUUUCUCUGUA